AUGGCGGCGCUCGAUGCGCGUUCCAUAUGGCGCUGUAAACGCUGCGGAAUGGGGCUUCGGCUGCCGUUGGAUCCCGUCAGCGGGCGCCCCGUCGCCCUCAUGUUGGUUCACCACCUGGAGGGGGAAGGGGAGGCCCCCCUGCGGUGCACCGCAGGCCCCCUUUCCUGCAGCUCGAAAGCGGGCAAUCCACACAAUCUCGGGCUCGAUGUGGGAUCACAAUGGAAGGCCGCGAAGUGGGGGCUCGAGAAAGUUCUUCAGGAGGCUGCCUCGGUGGGGAGGGAAUGGUCACGCGGGCCCGCCCUCCCGCGGGUUUUCGUAGUGGUCGAGAAUCCCAAGACUCCGGCGAACGCAGGCGGGAUUCUGCGCGCGAUGGGGUGUUUUCUGGAUCCGAUGAACCCCCCGGCGGGAAGGGGGGGGCGGCGCUCCCAAUAUAGCGCCGCCGCGGGCUUCAUCUUCACCGGUGAGCGCCUGGCGAAGGCGGCAGCGGCGCAGCAGAAGCAGGAUGGGCGACCCCCGACAAAAUCUCCGUGGGGGUCUGUGGCCCCUUUAAUAACGGGAACGGAUACGCAAGGGGCGGCCGCUUUUAUCCCCCAGCUGCAGCUCCCCUCCUUGCAGAUAUUGCUUGAUGCCCUGAAGGAGAAACCAUCAGGGACCGAGACAGCGAUGGUGGGAAUAGAGCUCGCAAAGGGGGCGAUCCCGCUGCAAGACUUCGUGCAUCCAUUUUCACUCGCCUCGGGCACUCACGGAGGGUGCCCACAUGCAUUAUGGCAAGAUGGAGAGGCGCCUCAGGUCUCCGCGGAUGCCAACGAGUCCUCAAUUCAGUCAUCACAACAAACUCCAGAAGCCGCUCAACUUGGCGGACCCCCUACGGUGCCGCUAGUGUUCUACCUCUUUGGUGCCGAGGACAGCUCCAUUUCGCAAUACUUUCUCGACCAAUGCAAGGAGGUGGUGUUUAUACCAACCUAUGGUAGUGUUAACCUUUCGGCCUCCGUUAAUGUAGUGCUGUACGACCGCGUUGCAAAAGAUAUUAUGACGGAAUCGAAUACACUGUCUAGGAGUGCUAAGAAGAUGAGUUAUGAAGAACGCUGGAGUGAGGUUCUUGCUCAGCGAAAUUCUAAUAAUCGCCUCAAUUUUUCAUAG